GGUUCUUUGUGAUCAUGUUAACCCGACCCGACCAUGGCAUGGUGUACGGCUCAAGUUGAUUGGAGAACUUGGAGAGUAUAUAGAAAGUUUAGAAAGUUUCGCACCAUGGGAGUCUCCGGCUCGUCCGCCACUGGCCUGAGCGACCGUGGCAAAGGCCGUGGCCGGGUCUAUGCGAACAUUACCGAGACAGUGGGCAACACUCCUUGUGUGAAAAUCUCAGAUGCCAUUUGCCCCCAAGGUCGCACGAUCUACGCGAAGUUGGAAUAUUUUAAUCCACUGUCCUCUGUGAAGGAUCGUUUGGCCUGCGCGAUCAUUGAGGAUGCCGAAAAGACAGGAAAGCUAAAGCCUGGGGACACGGUCAUUGAGGCGACCUCAGGAAACACGGGCAUCGCAGUGGCCAUGAUGUGUGCACAGCGCGGCUACAAGUGUGUCAUCACCAUGGCGGAGCCCUUCUCCAUCGAGCGGCGAAAGCUCAUGCGAUUCUUGGGGGCAAAAGUGAUCAUCACACCCAAAGCAGGGAAGGGCAGUGGCAUGGUUGCAAAAGCAAGGGAGCUGGCCGAAAAACAUGGGUGGUUUCUGUGCCGGCAAUUUGAGAAUGAGGCCAACGCCCAGUUUCAUUAUGAUACCACCGGGCAGGAGAUCUUGAACGAUUUUGCUGGCAUGAAACUGGACUACUAUGUGCUGGGCUAUGGUACGGGCGGCACCUUCAGCGGUGCUGGCAAGGCAUUGAAGGAAAAGCGUCCGGACAUCAAGAUUUGUUUGGGUGAGCCUGCUGAUGCUCCUCUAGUUGCCUCUGGCCAGAAGAGUGAACGUAAUCCAGAUGGCUCGGCCACCGGCUCCCAUCCGGCUUUCAAGCCACAUCCCAUCCAGGGAUGGACACCGGACUUUAUUCCCUUGAUCACCGAGGCUGGCAUUGCAAGCACCGGUUAUGACGAAUUUGUACCAAUUCCUGGUGAUGGAGCCAUCCAAAUGUCUCAGCAACUAGCUAAGUCGGAGGGCAUUUUCACCGGGAUUUCUGGAGGGGCCUCGAUGUAUGCAGCAGUCGAGAUGGCCAAAAAGGCCCCUGAGGGCUCCGUGUUGCUGGCGAUGUUGGCAGACACAGGUGAGCGAUACUUGUCCACACCAUUGUUUGCAUCCAUCAGUGCCGACAUGAAUCCGGAGGAACUCGAGAUUUCAAAGUCUACUCCAAGCUUCCAGCUUUGAUCAUCGGUGCCGAAGGUCACGGUAUAUCUUGAUGCUCCCACUUUUUAAACUCGUUGGUCCACAAGCAAGACCAAUGAGACCAAUGGCUUUAAGGCCAAGCUGAGAAAA